ACCAGCUCAGACGAGCGCUGCCACCAAACGCAUCAUCUCCCUCUUUUGCGGGAAGAGCAAUACCCUGCAUUUUCUGGGACACAUUCAGUGUUACCACCAGGGAUAUUUCUUUGACUUAUUUUUGCAGACCGAGUCGUUGUUUCGGGUGCCCUGCGAGGAACCCUUCCCGCCGCGUAAAGGACUGGAGGGAAAUUAUUUCCGUUGUUUUCCCAAGUUGUCGCACAAGGACUGAAAUCGCACUGCUGCACGGGCAGAUAGUGCGGGGGAAAAAAAGUGACAUGAAACGUGAGGACGGACCGGUGGGUCUUGUGGACGCGAGUAGGAAACAAACCGGAGCACACAGCCAUUCUCUUGUACUCGCAGUGGACUGAUAUGCACGGCGAGAAGAGACUGAACAAGUCGCUCCAACACUUCAGCCGCAAACUGUGCGCUUGAAAGCAUGGACCUGAACCCACGCUGCUGCCAGCGAAAAAACGGCUCGGGACCGUCGCGGGAAAUAUGUUUUUACUAAACACUCCAAACCUAAAAUGAGAAAAACGAUGGUCUCCCUACAGAUAGUUGUGUAAGUUUUUUUUCCGCACUGAUCCUACACACAAACACCAGCCAGGGUUUCAUCGCAGACUUUUUAAUGAAAGAAACUUGUGUGGUGUGGUAGAGGUGAACGUUUGGCCGAAUUUUUCAUUAAAUCAAGAGGGGAGAAAUGUGUUCAUCUGUUGAACUGAGCCUCAUCUAUGUGCUGCUGGUCCUGUGGAGCGGUGGGGGCUCAGCUAUUAGCUCAAUAGACCCAGACUGGUCGGGAGAAGGGAAAUGUCAACACAUCAACAUCCCCCAGUGUAAAGACAUUGGCUAUAACAUGACUCGCAUGCCAAAUCUUAUGGGCCACGAUGACCAAAAAGAGGCAGCAAUAAAGCUGCAGGAGUUUGCAACACUAAUACAGUUUGGAUGCCACAGUCAUCUCAAAUUUUUUCUGUGCUCACUGUAUGCGCCCAUGUGCACAGAGCAGGUGUCCAACCCCAUCCCAGCAUGUAGAGUUAUGUGUGAGCAGGUUAAGUUGAAAUGCUCACCUAUCUUGGAACAGUUUAACUUCCCCUGGCCUGACUCUCUGGACUGCUCCCGGCUGCCGACCAAAAACGACCCAAACAACCUUUGCAUGGAGGCACCCAACAACGGCUCAGAUGAGCCUCCCAAAGUCUCCCACACCCAGCCUCCAGAUUUCAGGCCCCAGCGGCCUCUGAGUGGGCAAGACCUGCACCUUAAGGACAGUGGCAGCAAGCAGACAUGCAGCAACCCUGGCAAGUUCCACUUUGUGGAGAAGAGUGAGUCCUGUGCCCCUAAAUGCUACCCUAAAGUGGACGUGUACUGGAGUCAGGGAGACAAGCAGUUUUCUCUGGUGUGGAUGGCCAUCUGGUCCAUCCUCUGCUUUGUCUCCAGCGCCUUCACUGUGCUCACUUUCCUCAUAGACCCGCAGCGAUUCAAAUACCCAGAGAGGCCAAUCAUCUUCCUCUCCAUGUCCUACUGUGUUUACUCUGUGGGCUACCUCAUCCGACUUUUUGUAGGAGCUGACAGAAUAGCCUGUGACAGAGACAGUGGGGUCCAGUAUAUUAUCCAGGAGGGUCUGGAGAGCACUGGCUGCACUAUUGUGUUCCUCGUCCUGUAUUAUUUUGGCAUGGCCAGCUCCCUCUGGUGGGUUAUCUUGACCCUCACAUGGUUCCUGGCUGCGGGGAAGAAGUGGGGUCAUGAGGCCAUCGAGGCCAACAGCAGCUACUUCCACCUGGCAGCGUGGGCCAUACCGGCUGUGAAGACCAUCAUGAUCCUAGUGAUGAGGAAGGUUGCAGGGGAUGAGUUGACGGGCGUCUGCUACGUGGGCAGCAUGGAUGUCAAAGCUCUCACCGGCUUUGUGCUCAUUCCUCUCUCCUGCUAUCUUAUUAUUGGCACUUCUUUCCUGCUGUCUGGCUUUGUGGCCCUCUUCCACAUCCGGAAGAUAAUGAAAACAGAGGGAGAGAACACAGACAAGCUUGAGAAGUUGAUGGUUCGCAUCGGGGUCUUCUCUGUUCUCUACACUGUCCCAGCCACCUGCGUUAUCGCCUGCUAUUUCUACGAGAGGCUGAACAUGGACUACUGGCGCAUCCUGGCAGGGGAGCAGAAGUGUGUGGACAGCAGCGGGCUGGAGUCAGACGAGUGUGUCAUGAAGACUUCCAUUCCCGCUGUUGAGAUCUUCAUGGUGAAGAUCUUCAUGCUGUUGGUGGUGGGCAUCACUAGUGGCAUGUGGAUCUGGACCUCAAAGACACUGCAGUCAUGGCAGAAUGUGUUCAGUAGGAAGCUAAAGAAGAGGACGAGGAGAAAGGCUGCCAGUGUGUUCACCAGCAGUAGGCCUUACAUCAAACCUCACCCAUCUCUCAAAGGGCACAGUACUAAGUAUGAGCCUACGCGGCCCCCUCCAACAUGUGUAUGAGCUGGGUCUCUUUGUAUAAACCCAAAAAUACUUGUAAAGCCCUUACCUAAAUGAGACUUUGUAAUCAGUGUGCCAUCAAAGGAAUCAAGGUUCAUGAUUUAUUUAUGCAAACUGCAUUGAAGAUAAUGCAAUGUGGGUGUUUUUGUAUCUUGAGCCAUCUCAUGCAACAAGGGCUGCCUUUGUCUGAGAAAAAAACUGCUACUCCUGGAUUCACUUAUCCUAUUGAGGAACUUGGUAGAGAAAAAAAAUCGCAUUGUUCCCUAGACAAAAAGAGUGGAAUAAACCAUUUGGAUGUGCCAUUGGGCUACAUGAAUAAUGUGCAAUAGAUGUUUUCCUUACAGGCAAAAUAAGACACUUGUACUGUUAGUGAGAGAUUACAGACAAUGAAAAGACCCCGUAGACAAUGGAGGCAAAUGGUCAGAGAGAUGAGUGUUGUGUUUGGAGGCUUUUUAUUAGAAAUCGAAGUAGUGUCAUAUGUGUUUGAACUGGAGUGAGAGCAGCUGUUGAAAAGCGCUCAAGACCUUACGAACUGCCCAUUGUGAGGCGAUUCCAUGCCAUAAAUUAAUCAAGCACUCGUUAUAGAAAAGUUA